AUGUAUAACGAAGUUGCGGAAAAUGUACUAGGAGCUUUAGGUGCAGUUUUAUGGCUGGUUCAGUUAAUACCACAAAUCGUUAGAAACUACAAAGUCAAAGAUUGUACAGGUUUGCCUCCUUUAAUGAUGUUUUUAUGGGCAGUUAGUGGAGUACCAUUUAGUAUUUACUUUUUAGGGAUUGAUGGAAGUAUCCCGUUAAGAAUUCAACCACAAUUAUUCACAUUUUUUUGUUUGAUCACUUGGUUCCAAACCUUAUAUUACCCUCCCCAUCAUGUUUCAAGAAAAAAAUUAUUAUUAUGUAUAUCUGCCUUUGUAUUGGUAAGUGUCGGGUUAGAACUUGGUUUGGUUUUUGGCCUUAGACCAUUACAUAGAAGAGGAAUAACUUGGCCAAUGUUAAUUAUUGGUGUAAUUGCAUCGGUUUUGUUAGCAUUAGGUUUGAUUCCUCCAUAUUUUGAAUUGGGAAAGAGAAAAGGAAGAGUCAUUGGAAUCAAUUUUAUCUUCUUGUCCAUGGACUCAUUGGGUGCUAUUGUUUCAAUGUUGAGUGUCAUAGUUGGAAAAAUGGAUGUUAUGAGUUGUGUUUUAUAUGCGGUAGUACUUGCACUAGAAUUAGGUAUUUUCACAAGUCAUAUUAUAUGGUAUGUAAGAUUUGGAAGGAAAAUGACUAAAGAAGAAUUGGAAUUGGAUUUGGUGUCAGAAAAAUCUCGUGUUAAUGAUAUUGAAAAGAGUAUUGAAGCGGAAGAGACAGAUACGGGAGCUAAUGAAGACACUUCCUUGGAAGGAGUGGAAGUUGUAGAAGAUGAAGUUACUGAAGAUCCACUCUUACAAUCAAAAACUGAAUCAAAAAGUUCAAACGAAAUUGAAUGA